AUGUCGAUCGAGAACGAAGCCAACGACGCCUCGGCUGGACCGUCGUCCUUGACUCCGGCACUCUUCAAGCGACUGCACCCCAAGCCGUACCUCGAGCGCUUCCUGCAGGAACGACUGCGCCCCGAUGGGCGACCGCUUGAUGACGAACAUGCAGCAUGGAGGGAUGCGAGCAUCAAUAUCGGUAAAGAUGUUAUGGAUAUACGCUUGGUCUAGCCAGUCUCGAGUCUGGCGAAGGAGCGUACUAGCCGAGCCGGCUCAUCCGGAACGAGCUCAGGGGCAUCGAAUGGACUGGAAUCCGGAGACCAAUGGAUCAUGUCUGGGAUCAAACGCUCGAAUUCAGUCGCUCAUCUCACUCCAACCGACUAUCUUUUCUUUUUCGCAGGCUCGAUCGCAACAGCGCCUUCCUCGGCCCUGGUCCGACUCGGCAAGACGACGGUCGUGUGUGGCAUCACACUCGAAAUCGCACCGCCCGACAUGGCCACACCAACACAUGGAUUCAUAGGUGGGUCAAGACAAGAUCGAAGGGAGUGCUCCUAUUUGCUACGGUGCUCAACUUACCGCUCGUAUCCUUUUCCGAAAAUUUCAGUGCCGAAUAUCGAUCUGCCUCCCCUGUGUUCGUCCCUCUUCCGACCGGGACCGCCAGCCGAUGAAGCUCAAGUGCUUUCUUCACGACUACGUGACACCCUUUUAUCGUGAGUAGAUAUUCCCUUCGUUUCCUCGCUUUGUGAAGUGUAACUCACGCGCAUACAUUUGGCCGCCGCCCACCAGGUCAAACUAUGUUCCGCUCGACUCGCUCUGCAUCGAACCUUCCAAAGCCGCCUGGGUCAUCUACCUCGACCUCAUCUGCCUCAACUACGACGGCAGCGUACUGGAUGCCAGCGUACUAGCCGCCGUAGCGGCAAUACGGAAUCGUACGCUCCUUCAUCCGCACCGUUCUUUACCCGUGACGACGCCCAUUUUUUGACAUUUGAGUUCGACCUUUACGCGACAGUGAAACUCCCUCAAGCUACGUGGGAUGUGGAUACCUUGAGCACGAUAUGCGAACCCAUCUCGGAUGAACAGCCUGGGCGUGCACUCCAGCUGGCAGAGACAAUACCCUUGACACUCUCUUUCGGUCUCUAUGAAGAGUUAGUCCCGGUUCUGCGACAGCGGUUGUCGGAUCCACAAAAGCUCACGGAAAAGCCCCUCCACACCGACAGUGACCUCCUUCCCGACCCUACACUAUUCGAAUCGCAGCUGUGCACAUCCCAAAUCUCCAUCACCGUCUCGUCAUCGUCGUUGCGGCUACUGCAAGUGCAACAAAGUGGUGCGACGGGGUCAAAGUCGUCGGUCGAGAUUCUCAAAGCGUCCUUGGGCCAAGCGAGGACAAGAGCGAAACAGCUGCUCGUAUUGCUCAAUUCUUCGUAG